UAAAUUUCCCCAAACAACCGGAAGCAAUUGUCAACAGAUCGUCGUUCUGCAGUAGCAAAGCCGAGAUAAACGCCCACACAGUAAUAACAUCGUAGUGUAGUUUUGCCAUCAUGACCGAAAUCUUCUCUCUGUACGGUCAGCCUGAUUCACAGGGUCCAGCAGGGCCCUCUGCGCUUGGCUUUGGAUCUGGGAAACCUCAGGUACCCCAAAACAUGGGCCCGAUGUGUUUCCCGCAUCAGAUGGUGGAUGAAGGGGGUCCGAUCAGAAAACCCGCCGCGAUGAACGAGCCCUUCUACCUGCUGCGAGAACUGCCCAUGGAGAAUGAGCUGACAGGACACACUAAUCUCAUCACACACUACAACCUGGAGCACGCUUAUAACAAGUUCUGCGGAAAGAAGGUGAAGGAGAAACUCAGCAACUUCCUUCCAGAGCUUCCUGGUAUGAUCGACAGCCCAGGCAUUCAGGACAACAGCUCUCUGCGAUCUGUCAUUGAGAAGCCGCCAGUGUGCAACAACUCGUUCAGUCCUCUCACUGGGGCUAUGCUCACUGGCUUCAGGCUACACACUGGCCCUUUACCAGAGCAGUACAGACUGAUGCACAUUCAACCACCGAAGAAGAAGAACAAACACAAGCAUAAACAUCAUCGGCCUCAGGAUCCCUUACCGCCAGAAACUCCGUCAGAUUCAGACCAUAAGAAGAAGAAGAAAAAGAAGGAUGAUGACCCGGACAGAAAGAAAAAGAAGAAAGAUAAGAAGAAGAAAAAGAAUCGCCACAGCCCUGAUCACCCAGGCAUGACUGGAGCUCAGCCCAGCAGCAGCAGUCUGAGAUAAAAACUGCCUCAAUGGCAGAAAAACAAGAGGAACGAGAUGAAGAGAAGCACAAGCUGGACAUUUGGGGCUUUUCUGGGACGUCACAGAUUUAAUGUUACAGUGACUCAGAUAUGUGUGUAUAUAGUGUGAGAGUAUAUCAUUAUGUAAUGUACCAGAACACCUGGUAACCAUUGCAUCUGUUAUAUUUGUAAGUGUCUUAGUGCCUCUGUGUCUAUUUAUGAGCACGAUGAAUCAUUUUUCAUUCAACUUUUUUAAAACCUUUUUUUACAAAUAAAACAAUCAGCUGAGAAAUGGGCUGAUUUGUGAAAAAAAGAUUAGAAUUUUUUUUUCUUUCAGGCAUAUUUACAGUCGUGAGCACAGUACAAGCACCAUUAUGUUGAACAAUCAUUAGAAUCAUUGAAACCGAUAACAUGAUCACAGUUCUGUAACAUACAGAACAGCACUUUUGAAACAGCGAAUAUAGUGCAAAACUGGCCUCUGCAAUAAAAUGAAUCAUCUGUAUUUGUCAUAUAAAGCUGCAUUUCCAUCAGGUUUUUGAGAGAGGGAUGGCAAAAAAA